AUGGACGCGCCUAAGGAUCUUGAAUUGAUGCACAAGAGGGUGGUGUUUUCGAUCCUCCAGUAUCUGAAUGGCUUGACCCAAGGCGGUGCUGCUGUGCCGGCUGGGCUCGAUAAGGAGGGUCUGGAGGUGGCCGUGCAGUGCAUCGCCUCGGCCUUUGGCGUGGAUCCUGCAAAUUCCGAACAUCAGAGCCAGUUCGCUGUGCCCUUCCAACUUACCGACAUCUACAACUACGGCCUUCUCCAUCUUGCACAGGCUGCCGAGGCUCCCAAGCCCACCGCCACUCCCGCUGGCCAAGAGGUGCCCAAGGAGCUGGAGGGCAAGUUCCAGACCUUCCUCAAUGUGCUCGAGGGCAAGGGCUUCUUCACGGGCCUGACCAAGGGCACCACCGAGUACCAGGACCGGUACAAUCUGGCCAAGCAGCGAUUUCUCAGCCAGUACAGCGGCAGCACGCAGACCACCCCUGCUCCUGCUCCUGCUCCUGCGGCUGUCGAUCCUGCCGUGCAGCUGCAGGAGGCCGAGAAGUUCAAGGCUCUCGGCAACGAGAAGCUGUCUUCUGGCCAGCCGGCCGAAGCGAUCGAGCUUUACAACAAGGCCAUCGCGCUGAACCCCAACAAUGCCGUUUACUACGGAAACAGAGCUGCUGCCCACAGCACACUGCAGCAGCACGAAAACGCCAUCCUCGACUGCAAGAGAGCGAUCGAGCUCGACCCCAAGUACCUCAAGGCCUACUCUCGCCUCGGCUUCUCCCUGUUCUCUCUCGGCAAGUAUACGGAGGCGAUCGACCUGGGCUACAAGAGGGUCCUCGAAAUCGAUCCCGAGAACACUGCUGCUCAGGAAUCUAUGCGUCUGUGCCAGCAGAAGCUCGGGCAGAGCGCUCCUCAGGCUGCUGCCCCCGCGGCUUCCCCUCUGGGAGGACCCGGAAUGGCCGGUUUGGCCCAGAUGAUGAGCAGCCCUGAAAUGCAGAACUCCAUGAGGCAAAUGUUUGGCGGCUCCGACGGUGCCCCACCGGACCUGAACAACCUGCUGGGCAACCCUCAGGUCAUGAACGCGGCUCAGCAGAUGAUGUCCUCGCCCCAGUUUUCUCAGAUCCUCAACAACCCCCUCUUCAUGAACAUGGCGCAGAACCUGAUGCAGAAUCCGUCGCAGCUCAACCAGAUGUUCUCCCAGAUGGGCGGCCCAGCUGGCGCCCAACAGGGCGAAGACGACGACGAGAACGCCCAGCAGUAG